AUGCCUACCAAGGAGCAACACCCUCAGCCCAGCAAAACAAAAAAGAUCCUCUCCAAAAUCAUGCGUCGUCCCCCUGAGAUUCACAAUCUCACCCCGUACGCUUUACUCGAACUUGAUCGUCGGCAAAGGAGAGCCCCCGAGCAUCCGUCUGGGACUGCCACACCCGCCACUCGUCUCUACAAACAUCUGUCACCCGCGCAGAGAGACCAACUAAGACUGAUCGCACAUGCAGGUGGCUACGAUCUCUCCGAUCUCCGGGGUUACCCCAUCCCCGAAGGACUCCCCACCUCAAGCGCCCACGCAGCAGCCUCACCAUACCACGAGAACCAACCCACCGAUCCCGCCAUCCAUCCCCAGCGCCCCCAGCACCCCCAUCACCUCCAUCGCCCACACCCCCGCUCCAGCUUCCGCGCCAGGAACCGAUCCUCCAACGAUUUUGAGAGCCGCCGGCUCCGGCAUCACACGCGGAACACCAAUUGCCUGAGGAGAAGGGUACUGGUGCAGGAGGCCAAGAGAGGCAGUAUUGAGCGGUACGGGAUGGUGGCGGCGCCGUUCUGGCGACGGAGGAGACGGCGGUGGUGGGAUGGGCGGUUGGAGAGCCAGGCGGAGGCGGAUGCGCGGCGUUUGCGGGCUCUGGAGGCAGAGGAGAUGAAGAGGCGGCUUCCGAGUCAGAGUCAGGGUCUAGGAUGGGGCGUUCGGAGAUUUAGAAUACCUCGUAUACAAAGCCUUGCCAUUCUACUCACCAAGACACGAACGAACCCUGACUGCGCAGCUUUGCCCUCAAAGCCAAUCGUUAAUAAAAUUCAGCGCCCUGCAGAACCUGUCAAUAUUCCUCUUUCUCUCCCUGCCAGUAGGGAUAUCCGAAUAGAGAGUCUUCUCCGGCCAGUCCUCGAUCUUCCAAAUCUGCAGCGAAUACUCGUCGAACUCCCCCUCCCGCCUAACGCGCCACAGCAUCCUGGUGGACCAAUUCAGCCUCGUGCGCUCCUCGUGCUCCCAGUCCUCGUCAGCCAAAAGCUGAAAGAGCUUGGCAUCGAGCAUCUCGUGGGCCGCUUCAAGGCAGUCGCCAUCCGCCGUGAGGACCCAGAUCAUGACAUGCUACGCGCUUGGGGCCUCCCUUGGCGGCACCCACACCUCCAUUUGAGAUCGGAGCUCGACUUGGUGUUUCAAAAGGAAUGA